AUGUUCAAGCUCCAGUUACAGCUGAACCAAGAUCUCAGCAUUCUACACCAAGAUGACAGCUCGUCCAAGAACAAGAGGGGCGUCCUGCCAAAGCAUGCCACCAACGUGAUGCGGUCCUGGCUCUUCCAGCACAUUGGGCAUCCUUACCCAACAGAAGAUGAGAAAAAGCAGAUUGCUGCUCAGACAAAUCUGACACUACUCCAAGUGAACAACUGGUUCAUCAAUGCUAGAAGACGAAUUCUCCAGCCAAUGCUGGAUUCCAGUUGCUCAGAGACCCCGAAAACAAAGAAAAAAACGGCUCAGAACAGGCCGGUUCAGAGGUUUUGGCCUGACUCAAUCGCUUCCGGCGUGCCGCAGCCGCCUCCAAGUGAGCUCGCCAUGUCAGAAGGUACCGUCGUGACCAUCACCACGCCUGUGAACAUGAACGUGGACAGCCUGCAGUCCCUGUCCUCGGACGGGGCCACCCUGGCCGUGCAGCAGGUCAUGAUGGCGGGGCAGAGUGAGGAUGAGUCCGUGGACAGCGCGGAAGAUGAGGGGGAUGCGCUGGCCCCCACGCACAUGGGCGGCCUGGUGCUAGAGAACAGCGACUCCCUGCAGUAGGGCCGGCCGAGCCGGUGCCGCCAGCACCCGCCGCGCCCGCGGCGCACCCGACUUCUUACUGUUUGCACAGCAAACAUUUUACAGUUUUAUUCUAAUAUGUUUUAUAUGUAGAUAUAGGAGCGUGCACUUUUGUAUUUCAUAGUAGGGUUAACAAGCGGCCUUGCCGCUGCCGCGACUUCUUCAAACGUGCGUGUGUGGGUUUUUAAGGAACUUCUUCAAAGGUUUACUGCUAGAACCGUGAAUGAUGCCCCUGCCCCCCAUUUUGAAUCCCUGACUAGAUUAAGGAGUUGUGCUGCCAUUUUCUAAAAAAAUUAUGCAGUCGUAAUUGAGUUCUGUGGUUUGCAGCAGACCUCGGGGGCCGCCCAUGUGCGUGGCCACGGGUGGAAGAGCCGGGCUGGCCGCGCUGGGUUCCCCGGCGUGCACGGUACUGGCCCGCGAGCCCGUUCAUUUACUAUGUAGAAAAAGAAACUCCUAUUUUUACCUUGCUGGAAUUAUUGGAUAAAAAGCUAUUUUUAUAAAUUCA